AUGGUGAACUUCAGGAAUUUGGUGCGCUCGUUCCUUGUGCACCUAAUUGGCCUGUUGGUUUGGCAAUUUGAUAUUUCUGUGAGUCCAGUGGCAGCUAUGGUAACUGACAUUUUUAAUACCUCCAAUGGUGGACGCUUCAAGUUUCCAGACGGGGUACAAAACUGGCCAGCACUUCCAAUUGUUGUCAUAAUCAUUUUGACAAUUGGUGGCAACAUACUCGUUAUCAUGGCAGUGAGCAUGGAAAAGAAACUGCACAAUGCCACCAAUUACUUCUUAAUGUCCCUCGCCAUUGCUGAUAUGCUAGUGGGACUACUUGUCAUGCCACUUUCUCUGCUUGCCAUCCUUUAUGAUUAUGUCUGGCCAUUACCUAGAUAUUUGUGCCCCGUCUGGAUUGCUUUAGAUGUUCUGUUUUCAACUGCGUCCAUCAUGCAUCUCUGCGCCAUAUCGCUGGAUCGGUAUGUAGCAAUACGUAAUCCUAUUGAGCAUAGCCGUUUCAAUUCGCGGACUAAGGCCAUCAUGAAGAUUGCUAUCGUUUGGGCAAUUUCUCUAGGUGUGUCAGUGCCGAUCCCAGUGAUUGGAUUGAGGGAUGAAGACAAAGUGUUCGUGGACAACACCACGUGCGUGCUCAACGACCCGAAUUUCGUGCUGAUCGGAUCCUUCGUGGCGUUCUUCAUCCCUCUGACCAUCAUGGUGAUCACGUAUUUCCUGACCAUCUACGUCCUGCGCAGACAAGCCUUGAUGUUGCUGCGAGGCCACACCGACGAACCGCUGGGCCCAAGCCUGAAUUUUCUGAAGUGCUGCCAGAGGAAUACUGCCGAUGAAGAGGAUCCAGCAAACCCCAACCAAGAUGGGAACCAGCGCCCAAGAAAGAAGAAGGGAAAACGUCCUCGGGGCACCAUGCAGGCUAUCAACAACGAAAAGAAAGCGUCAAAAGUUCUUGGCAUUGUGUUCUUUGUGUUUCUGGUUAUGUGGUGCCCGUUUUUCAUUACCAAUAUUCUGUCAGUUCUGUGUGGGAAAUCCUGUAAUCAAAAGCUCAUGGAAAAGCUUCUGAAUGUGUUUGUUUGGAUUGGCUAUGUUUGCUCGGGAAUUAAUCCUCUGGUGUACACGCUCUUCAACAAAAUUUACCGCAGGGCUUUCUCCAACUAUUUGCGCUGCAACUAUAAGCCGCAGAAAAAGCCACCUGUCAGGCAGAUCCCUAGAGUUGCGGCUACUGUUUUGUCUGGCAGGGAGCUUAACGUUAACAUUUAUCGGCACACCAAUGAGCCUGUGAUUAGAAAGGCUGAUGACAGUGAGCCCGGUAUAGAGAUGCAAGUGGAAAAUUUGGAGCUACCGGUAAACCCUUCUAAUGUGGUUAGCGAAAGGAUUAGCAGUGUGUAA